AUGUUAAGUGUUUUUUAAGUGUUAAAGAAUGGAAUAUGUGCCUAAAAAAAGAAAAAAUUAUUAGAAUAAAAGAUAGAAAUUUAAGAAUCAGAAUCAGAAGAAUAACCAAAAUAAGUUGAACAUGAUUUAAAAAGAGCAAGAAGAAAAGAGAGUUUAGAUUAAAUAGAGUAAGAAAUGACUAAAAGGAGAACUUAAGAGAUUUAAUAAAGAAAUACACUUCUAAAGAAAUUAAAGAUAAAAAUAAGUGGAGAUAAUAUCAAUACACCAAUUUUGAGUAAUUUUUGCAAAUUGAAGAAUUUUUUAAAUUAAGAUUUAAUGAAUUAAUUAUAGAAAUGUGGUUAUUAAAAGCCAACUCCAAUAUAAAUGGUAGCAAUUCCAAUAAUUUUAUAAAAAAAGAAUUUAAUUGCAAUAGCUCCAACAGGAUCUGGUAAGACUUGUGCUUUUGCAUUGCCUACAUUGUAAAAUUUAUAAAAUCACAAAGAAGGAGGACCAAGAUGUUUAGUAUUUGCACCAGCAUAAGAAUUGGCUGAUUAAUUAUUUAAAGAAUUUAAUAAAUUUAAUAAGGAAUUAAAAAUAAAACAAAUAUAAGAAAUGAAUAGAGAAAAGUAAGCAUUUAAAUAAGCAUGGAAUCAUAUUGAUAUAUUGAUAAGUUCCCCUUUAAAGUUUUUAAAAUUACAUAAAGUAAUAGAUUUAAGUACAAUAUAAUAUGUUAUAAUGGAUGAGGCUGAUAAAUAUUUUGAAUUAGGUUUAUUAGCUUAAGUAAAGUAAUUAUUAAGGAUUUUGGAAUCUUUAUAAAUAACUUAUAUGUUCUUUAGUGCUACCUUACCUGAACUUGUAGAAGAUAUUUAUAGAGAUUUAUUAAUUGAUCCUAUAAAAAUAAUAAUAGGAGGUAGAAAUCAUGUUUUAAAUAGAAUUGAUUAAUAAUUAAGAUAUGUAUCAAAUGAAUAUGGAAAGAUAUAGGAAAUGAGAAAUUUAAUUAAUGAAGGUUAAAUGACUCCUCCUAUACUUGUUUUUGUAUAAUCUAAAACAAGGGCUGAAGCAUUAAUGUAUGAAAUAGAAUAAUUGAAAAUCAUUAGAGUCAAUUGUAUUCAUGGAGAUAUGGAAAGUAAAUCAAGAUAAGAAAUAGUUGAAUAAUUUCAUAAAGGUACUAUUUGGAUGCUCAUUUGUACAGAUAUGAUGGCAAGAGGAAUAGAUUUUAAAGAUGUUUAAUUAGUUAUAAAUUAUGAUUUUCCAUAAUCUAUGAUUACUUAUGUACAUAGAGUUGGUAGAACAGGAAGAGCUGGUAAAUAAGGAAAGGCUAUUACUCUUUUUACAGAUGAAGAUAAAGUUAUGUUAAGAUCAUUAGCUAAUGUUUUAAAAGUUUCUGGUUGCUAAGUACCUGAAUGGUUAUUUUAAUUACCAACUCCAAAUAAAAAUCUUAAAAAAAAAAGAGAACGCUUCCCUGUUAAAAGAGAAAAUAUAGAAGAUUAAUGA